AUGAUGAUUACUUUGGGGGCCGAUUCCAACACGAAAAAUACAUCCAACGUUUACAUCUUUUCCUUGGCUCUGGGCGAUCUUUUGGUGAUCCUAACGAGUGUACCACGCACGUCUGUUAUAUUCACAUUCGAUUCAUGGCUGUGGGGACAGACAGUUUGCAAAUUAUCGGAGUGCGUCAAGGAUAUUUCAGUCGGUGUCUCAGUUUUCACUCUGACCGCGUUAUCAGCCGAGAGGUACUACGCGGUCUAAAAUCCUAUUGGCCGCCAUGUGGCCGGAAUGAAUGCAAAACGAUUAGCGAUACUAAUAGCCUGCAUUAUUUGGAUGCUGGCGAUUGUUCUGUCGAUGCCUGCUGCUGUUUUCUCUCACGUGAUGAACGUAGAUAUAAAAAUUAACUUCAGCAUCCACAUCUGUAACCCUUUCCCCGUGGAUUUGGGGGCAAGCUAUAGGAGAGGGGUGGUGUUAUUCAAGUUCCUGGCCUACUACGCGAUACCGUUACUCAUUAUAGCAGGAUACUAUUUACAAAUUGCACGACACCUUGAACUGUCCACCAGGAACAUGCCAUGCGAAUUAUCUGCAAUUCAGCGGCUGGAGCAAAUUCGAUUACGCAGAAAGGUUGGAAAAAUGGUGAUCUCCAUUGUGCUUUUCUUCUUCAUCUGCUUCCUACCAUAUCACACAUUUAUGAUUUGGUUCCACUUUUUUGCAUCAACCAUGGAGGACUACAAUAAAUAUUGGCAUAUUUUCAGGAUCAUUGGUUUAUGUAUGAGCUUCAUCAACAGCUGUAUCAACCCCGUCGUUCUAUAUUUUGCGAGCACAACAUUCCGCGAGAGAUUCAACAGAUAUCUUUGUUGUUCCCUGAAGAGGAGGAGAUCAAGAGUCUGUCGAACAGAAACGAACACUUCGGUCAGGAAUGGUAAUCGAAGAAUGAAAUUUUCACGAAGGAAACGAAUGGUUGGGCGAAAGAAAUUCGACGAAACCAGCUUCAGCUCGACGUUCCGGAGAAACACACAGGAACUAAACGCGACCGCUCCUCGCGAGUUAAAAAGUACCGGAGACACAAGACCGACCUAA